AAGCACCUUCCCCUUUCUCUGUCUUGCCUCCUUAUAUACGCCAUUGUGGCGCUGCGCUAGACGCGACGCCCAUGAGGGGCCUGACCUAAUGUAGCGUUAGGAGAAAGCCUACUGUUCCAUCUCUUUCUUGGAGUACGAGGGCACGAAGGCCUAACCCCCUCGCCCCCACCAGAUUCGGGGAAUUCGCGCCUCAUCCGAUCGUCACCGGCCGCCGAAGCGCAAGAAACAGCGGCCGGGUUAGGACUCUGGAGGAUACGGCGGCUCGGCGGAUUCAGGAAGUGAGGAUAUUUUCUUGGAUUUCUGUUCUUGAUUGAGGAGAGGAUCUCGUAUUAGCUACUGCGUUAUUCACUGGAUGUUGGCAAUGGGGUCAGAAGAGUGGGAGCUCUAUCCUUCUUCCGACAUAGGUUCGCAGGUCAUAGAAUACAGACCUGUGUCUGAAGACAGCGAUGACGAUCAGAAUGGGGAUGUGGCAGUGUCGCUGGAUGUUGUUCUCCCUGAUGAUCUUCUGGAGAAGGUUCUUUCCUUCUUGCCUGUUGCAAGUAUCAUAAGAUCUGGGUCUGUUUGCAAAAGGUGGCAUGAGAUUGUGCAUGCCCGGAGGCACGCAUGGAGCAAAAUAGUGCCUCAGAAGCCGUGGUACUUCAUGUUUACCUGUAGUGAGGAUGCAGUUUCUGGUUUUGCCUAUGACCCGAGCCUCCGCAAAUGGUAUGGAUUUGAUUUCCCUUGCAUUGAGAAGAGCAACUGGUCUACAUCCUCAUCUGCUGGCUUGGUGUGCCUGAUGGACAGUGAGACCAGGCGCCGCAUUGUGGUGUGCAACCCCAUCACUAAGGACUGGAAGAGGCUUCUUGAUGCUCCUGGGGGCAAAACAGCUGGUUACAGUGCUCUCGCGUUUUCUGUGGACAUAAGGUCUCACCAUUACACUGUGGCUGUUGCAAGAAGCAACCAGGUUCCAUCGGAGUAUUAUCACUGGGAGCUUACCAUCCAUUUGUACGAGUCAGUCUCUGGUAGUUGGAUGACUCCCUUCACUGGAGUAUUGGUUGGGUGGAGAGGUGGCGACGAGUGUGUCAUCUGUGAUGGAGUCCUCUACUAUUUGCUGUACUUCACAGGAAUUCUGGUGAACAACAAUGAGCACCGCCAUUGUCUCGUAAUGUAUGAUCUCACAGCAAGACCUAACCACACUUCUCUGAUCAGCAUGGCUAUUCCAGUGCCAUGUGUUCUUACAUGUGGCAGAUUGAUGAACCUGAGCAAGAAGCUUGUGCUGGUUGGUGGCAUUGGCAAGCAAGAUAGGCCUGGGAUCAUCAAGGGAAUCGGCAUUUGGGAGCUCCAUAACAAAGAGUGGCGUGAGGUUGCUCGGAUGCCACACAAGUUUUUUCAAGGAUUUGGCGAGUUUGAUGAUGUUUUUGCAAGCUGUGGGGCAGAUGAUCUUAUCUAUAUCCAGAGCUAUGGGUCGCCAGCUCUUCUCACCUUCGAAGUAAACCACAAGUCAUGGAAGUGGUCCGUGAAGAGCCCUGUUUCGAAGAGGUUUCCGCUGCAGCUAUUCACUGGAUUCUCUUUCGAGCCAAGGCUGGACGUUGCUCUCUAGUUUCUUGACUGUCCACCUCCACCAGAAUUUUUGCAUUACAUUUUGCCUGAUUCUGGACUGGCCAGAGUCAGGAGGUGCUUGCACUGCAGCCAUUUGAACACAGAAAAUGUUCGUUUUUAUAGCUCUACUCUUUUCUUUGUUGGGUCUAUUGGGUAUAUUAAUUGAAAUGGUCAGUUAACUUCC